AUGGAUAACUCCCUGGAAAUCACCGACUCUACGGACUGGUUAGGAACCCCUCUCCAGCUACUUGCGCCACUGGAAUCAUCUCUUAGAUGUCAGGUCUGCAAGGACUUCUUCGACACUCCUAUGAUCACUUCGUGCUCUCACACAUUUUGCUCAUUAUGUAUUCGUCGUUGUCUUACCGCCGACAAUAAAUGCCCUGUUUGCCGCGAAGGGGACCAGGUACUCAAACUGCGUCGCAACUGGGCAGUACAGGAACUCUUGGAUACGUUCAAGACUGCGAGACCUGCUGUGAUGGAAAUCGCCCAGAAGUUCAAGGCGCUCAAAGAGCAGGAAGGAAACAAUAUUCCAGAGCCACAGCACAAGAAGCGCAAAACGAGUCGCAUGGAGCAGUCGGAUGUUCCUUUGGUGGAGGCUAGCCCGCCGAGACUACGAACAAGGUCAAGAAGCUCCAAAGCAGGGCCACGGGUGCCAGAGGAACCCGAGGAUAUACCAGAUAUUAUUGAGGACAGUCAGGGUGAAGAAGAAUAUAUACCAGAAGAUGGCAUGACCACAUGCCCUGUUUGUGAACAAGCAAUGAGGAUAGAAGCCGUUAACGGCCAUAUUGACAGGUGCCUUGCCGAAAUGGGCGCAGCCGAAUCUCCAGCGAGACAGAAGCCAACCGCCUUUGGAGUUCUCCAACAACAACAAAAUCUGCCCACGAAACAAUUAGAUAGGCUUCCCACGUUGAACUAUGAUCUUAUGACCCAAAGCCAGCUGCGCAAAAAGUUCAAGGAUCUCGGAAUCCCAAUAGAGGGGGCCAAGGAUCUAAUGAAAAGACGGCACACAGAAUGGGUGAACUUGUGGAACGCAAACUGUGACUCCCAAAAUCCAAAGUCCAGAAUGCAGUUGCUCCGCGAGCUGAGAAUAUGGGAAGAUACGCAAGGCGGAGGCUCAACAUUGGCGGUUUCUGAUAGGAACACUGUGACUUCCAAGGAAUUCGAUGCAGUUGGUUGGUCUACCAACCAUAAUGAUGAUUUUAAGCGUCUCAUCGCGAGCGCUCGCAGGAAGACGGAUGCCCAGGUGAGAUCAACAAUCCCUGGGGCGUCCGCGUCAAAUGAACAACCUUUGACACCUCCGAAUUGA